AUGCAAUUUAAGGAAUUUUAUGAGGAUCUGUUUGAGGAGCUGAACAAAUAUGGUGAGAUUGAGAGUCUGAACAUCUGUGACAAUAUCUCUGACCACUUGGUUGGUAAUGUGUAUGUGCAGUUUCGAGAAGAGGAGCAAGCAGGAAAAGCGCUUCGUAAUCUUCAAGGAAGAUUCUAUGCAGGUCGUCCGAUCAUUGUUGACUUCUCCCCUGUCACCGACUUCCGUGAAGCUACUUGUCGACAGUACGAGGAAGAGACUUGCAAACGUGGUGGAUACUGCAACUUUAUGCACCUGAAAAGCAUUAGCAGUGGAUGGAGGAGGCAGUUAUAUGGAAGAUACAAAAACAGGCAUAGCCACAGCAGAAGUAGGAGUCCUUACAGGCAUCGUAGUCAUGAAGAUCGCUCUCAUGAAAGGCAUAGCCACAGUAGAAGGCAUGAGGUUGAUGAUGAUAGUGAAAGCCGUAGCAGGAGCAGAAGAUACAGGAGCAAGAGUCCUCGCCAUAGAAGAGGACGGAGGAGUAGGAGCAGAAGUAGAAGUCCUGGUGGAAGGAGACAGAGGAGUCCUGUUAGGGAAGGGAGUGAGGAAAGACGAGCCAGGAUUGAGCAAUGGAACAGGGAGAAAGGAGAGCAGGAAAUUGCAAAUAACAGGGCAAAUGAUAAUUGCAGCGAUGGGUACAUGAAGAAGGACGAUUAUCAUCAGGAGCCGUCCUUUCAACAGGAAGGCUAUUGAUACCACCAAUUAUAUCUGGUCAGUUCAAAUUUUCUUUCCCAUAUGUCUCGUCAAUCCUUAGAGGUAGAUUCAGUUAGGUAUUCAACAAAAAUGUAGCUCACAGCCCAUUUUCCGCUGUGCAGGUUUGUGCAGGGUCAGAAACUGUGAUUAAAAUUAUAUAGUUUGCUUAGUUUCAAUUGAUUGGUUUAGUGCUGACAACUUUUUCUGUGCAAGUCAUGCAUGUUGGUAGUCGUAGUAGUCCUUGCAUAUGCUUCUUUGUUUGCCCUGCAAUGAUGUGAACCACCCUAAAUUUAUGUUUCGCUCUUGCGAAACCAUUCUCAGUUUUCCUGUUUGUUUUCAUCAAAUCAACUAUCUUAGUGCUGCAAGUUUCUGAUACGCUCAUUUCUGUAUUUACAAAGAAAGAAGUUUUCUGAGCUAGUCCGUUUUUCCCCUUUGUUUUUGUGGGUUCGUCAUACUUCACUAAUAAUCAUUGUGUUCAUGCUUAGUUUGGGUAUGAAUUUGAAACCUUGUUUGUUACUCAUAGUCAUAGUCUUGUAUCAUUGUGUGUGUGUUUGCGUUGUUUGGGUGCAUAUAGAAUUUUGUUUGUUACAGUCAGGGCAAUAUGACAAGUGCAAGUUGGGAAUUAAGCGAAUACAACCAUAUCUCUCUGUACCGGUUCUGGUCAUCUUAUCUCCAACUCUUAUUUUUUGUCCCAUUUCUCUGGCUUUGCUUUUGUGUGCUUACGAUUUGUGAAGAUUUUUGCAGGUUCAGGUUUGGCCUUGUAGGAAUGAUAGGUGCGAAAAGGUUUGUUAACUAUCUGCGGAAUUUGUUUUACAGGUUCUAAUGGUGGCUUGAAGAUUUGUGUUUGAAAAGAUUUGCAGAUUCUAGGACUCUUGGAUUCAUGGUGGCUUGAAGAUUUAUUUUCCGUUUGUGUUUUGAAUUUUCAGACUUAGUUCUUCUUGGCUUUGUAUGGAUAUUAUUUUAUACUUUUGGAUUUGGAAGUUUAGUGUGAUUUGUCUAAAUGGAUCUUACGGUUUGGUUAAGGUGAUUUCAACUCGA